UAAAAAGAAACGUUUGCACACAAAAUUGAAAAUGGCCUUUGUAUUUGCAGCCCGAAACCUGUCAAAUUUUCAAAAUAUGAAGUGACUUACAUUAAUUCUUUAGUUGAUUGUGUAACUAUAUUUCGAUUAAAAACUAUUCAUAUAUAUUCGCUAAUAAUUAAUAGUUAUAAAACUAUUUAUCUGAUUUCUAUUUGUUACGCCGGUGGAGGUUAUGAAAUAAAAAUAUUUUAUACAACCUAUUGGUUAUAAUGUUGUAAGAUAUAACUACUCCAUCAAGUAUUUACUGCUACAGAAAUUGUUAUAUUCAUAAUGUCGAGAAUACUCCAUAACCGUCUCAGAUCAUCCCUCAAGAAAUCAACAGCUUGGUCAUGUUUUGAUAAACGGGCUGUGGCCUUUUCAAUAUGGACUGGAAAAAGCAUGCUAUUGUAUAAACCUAUUGAUCCAAUCAAUAUUCCGAGAAGGAAGUAUGGUAUGCUGAUUGCCAGAGCCGUGCGAGGAGUGCUGAAGAUUAGAUACCUUGUAUUGGGAGGUGCAGUAGGUGGAGGAAUGACGUUAAAUAAGAAAUAUUCAGAAUGGAAAGAUGGUCUUCCCGAUAUGGGCUGGUUAAAUGACCUUCUUCCUGAUAACGAUCAAUGGAACAGAUUUACAACAACACUACUUGAUGCUAAGGAUCGAAUUAGUGAUCAGUUACAAAUAGGUCGCGAGCUGACGCUGACGCUGGCCGCAGAUCCGAGGCUGCGUGAGGCGGGCGUGGAGCGCGCGGCCGAGCUGCGGGCCUGGCUGGCGCAGCGCUACGAGGACGCCGUCGCCGCAGCCGCUGCCAACAACACUGAACCAGCUCCACAGAAGAUACAGAACAACUUGCAGAGCAGACCUGCGCCGACCUCGACUCCCGUAAGAGGCUCUGCUGAGGAUGCUGCAGCUUAUGAGAAGCGAGUGCACGCGCUACAGGAGGAGGUGCUGGCGCUGCAGGCGCGGUACCAGCGCGAGCUGCAGCGCCUGGAGCAGGAGAACAGGGAGCUGCGCCAGCAGAACAUGCUGCUGCGUCAGGGCCGGCAGCCCCCACCCAGGAAACUGAAGCGGUCGCUGAUAGACAUGUACUCUGCGGUACUGGACGAGCUGUCAGGCUGGGAGUCAGGAGAGGCAGGUCGUCUGCCGCGUGUGGUGGUGGUGGGAGACCAGUCCGCCGGCAAGACCUCAGUGCUGGAGAUGAUCGCUCAGGCCAGGAUAUUCCCCAGGGGAGCGGGCGAGAUGUGCACCAGGGCUCCAGUGAAAGUGACCCUGUCAGAGGGUCCGUACCACGUGGCGCAGUUCCGCGACUCCUCCAGGGAGUUUGACCUCAACAAGGAAUCAGAUCUGGCAGAUCUACGCAAGGAGGUGGAGCUGCGCAUGCGCAACAGUGUGCGGGGAGGGCGCACAGUGUCCACUGAGGUGAUCGCGAUGUCGGUGCGCGGGCCCGGCCUGCCCCGCAUGGUGCUGGUGGACCUGCCCGGUGUCAUCUCUACGCAGACAGUAGACAUGGCGGCGGACACGAGAGACGCCAUCAAACAGAUGACGAGGACGUACAUGGAUAAUCCAAACGCUAUUAUACUCUGCAUACAGGACGGGUCAGUGGACGCUGAGCGCAGUAAUGUGACUGACCUGGUCUCCUCCUGCGACCCUCAGGGCAAGAGGACCAUAUUUGUACUCACCAAGGUCGACCUGGCUGAGGAGAACCUCGCAAAUCCUAAUAGAAUUCGUCGCAUCCUGGAAGGCAAGUUGUUCCCGAUGAAAGCCCUAGGUUACUACGCGGUGGUGACGGGUCGUAGCCGCAAAGACGACUCCAUACAGAGCAUACGCGAGUACGAGGAAAGAUUCUUCCGUUCAUCGAAACUGUUCAAAGACGGACUGGUGACACCAUCCCAGGUGACAACACGCAACCUGUCGCUGGCUGUGGCGGAGUGCUUCUGGCGCAUGGUGAGAGCUACAGUUGAGCAGCAGGCGGACGCUUUCAAAGCUAUGCGCUUCAACCUCGAGACUGAGUGGAAGAAUACCUUCCCCAGACAGCGCGAGCUGGACCGCGACGAGCUGUUCGAGCGGGCGCGCGCGGAGCUGCUGGACCAGUCGGCGGAGGUGUCGGCUGUGGCGGCUGCGGCCUGGGAGCGCCGGCUGCAGGACGCGCUCUGGACCGCCGCCAAGGACCGCGUCUUCUCCGGCAUCUACCUGCCCGCCGCUGCGCAGGCGCAUGAUGACGUCGACAAGUUCAACACAGUGGUGGACAUAAAGUUGCGGGAGUGGGCGGAGCGCGAGUUGCCCACUCAGUCGGUGUUGGCGGGGCGCGAGGCUCUGCGCGAGGAGUUCGCUGCGCUGAUGGCGCGUGCGCAGGACUCGGACCCCGUGUACGAGCCUGUCAAGAGGGAGGCUGUGGAGGAGGCCCUCAGGCGGCACACCUGGGAGGAGCGCGCACAGGAUGUGCUGCGCGUGCUGCAGCUGAACGCGCUGCAGGACCGCUGCGUGGCCUCGCGCGCUGAUUGGGACUCCGCCGUCACCCUCAUGGAGACUGCAUUGAAGGAGAAGCUUACUGCUGUACAUGAAGAAUUGAAGUCACUUACAGGACCAGGUUUCCGUGAGAAGUGGCUGUACUGGCAGUCGCCGUCUGAGGAGCAGCAGCGGCGCGGGGAGGUGCGAGCUGAGCUGGAGAGACUUGGCUCGAGCAGGCCCAGCCUCGCUCAUGAUGAGGUGGUCGCUGUGAGGGACAACCUGCGCAGGCGCGGAGUUGAAGUUGACAAUGAUUAUAUCAGGGAGACUUGGAAACCUGUUUAUUUAAAACAUUUCCUGGAGCGAGCGCAGACGCGGGCACGAGAUUGUAAGAAGAGCUUCUACUUGUACAGUCAGCAGAAUGGUACAGAGAAGGAGUGCUGCGAGGUGGUGAUGUUCUGGCGUGUGUCAGCAACUUUGAAGACAACAGCAAAUGCGCUGCGUCAGCAGAUCGGCAACCGUGAGGCUGCGCGUCUUGACAGAGACCUCAGAGAAGUACUGGACGAGAUGGCGGGAGAUCCAGAACUGAAGAAGAAACUGUUGUCAGGAAGACGAGUUGAAUUGGCAGAAGAACUGAAGAGAGUGAGACAGGUGCAAGAGAAGUUGGAAGAAUUCAUAGAGGCUCUGAACAAGGAGAAGUAGUCACUUGUAUAUAUAUAUAUAUAUAUGUAGCUGUAUGUUGUAUCUGUGACCUGCGCCUGUGUGUGCGCAACACAUCACAUACAUACACACACACACACACACACACAUACACACACAUACAUACACACGCUGGUAUUUUCAUGAAAGAUUACAUAUUUCUAU